UAAGUCAUAUCCGGUUUUCAUUUUGUGAUCGUUUUGGUCAACGAGUGGAUAGUUCAGUAUACAACAAUGCUUUGUCCAAGGAGUGUAUUGAUUACGGGAGCAAACCGUGGGAUUGGUUUAGAGCUUGUUCGACAGUUUCUGCAGCUAGAAACGCCACCGAAGCAUGUAUUUGCCACGUGCCGAAGUCCUGGCAAAGCCGAGGAUCUCCAUACACUUGCGAAGUCUAACGGUGCAGUCAGCGUGCUAAAACUCGAUGUCUCCGACCCGGACAGUUUCCAAGGCGUCCGAGAGGAAGUGGAAGCCCUUUUACAAGGUAGUGGGCUAAACCUCCUUAUCAACAAUGCUGGAAUAAUUAGCCGUGACGAUCUUUCUGCCGUCACAAUACAGAAGAUGGAGAGUCUAUUCCGUACCAAUACUAUCGGACCGCUGUUUCUUGCUAAGGAGUUCCUUCCUCUAAUACAGAAGGCUGCAAAAGCGUCCACUGGCCUUCCCAUGAGCUGUACAAAAUCUGCCAUUAUCAAUAUGACCAGCAAGGUCGGAUCAAUGGACGACAACAGAAGCGGAGGGCGCUAUCCGUACAGAAUUUCUAAGGCUGCGCUUAAUAUGGUGACAAAGAACCUCAGUGUAGAUUUGAAGUCUGAUGAUAUUUUGAGCGUGAGCCUGCAUCCGGGUUACGUCAAAACCGACAUGGGUGGACCAAACGCUCUCAUCACAUCCGAACAGUCAGUGCAGGGCAUGAUCAACGUCAUGGCAGGUCUUGAUGAAGAAAAAAACGGACUGAUGCUCGACUACGCUGGCAAGAUAAUCCCAUGAAAAAUCCACAUCAUCACAGGAAGGAAACAGCAACCAAGGGAAUGCGUUUCAGCUCAUUAAACGAAGAAAUAUCGCUCAAAACGUAAAAUAAAUAUAAAUGAUGGAAAUGUCUGGCGAAUACGGGAGACGUGACACUGUACAGAAAAUUCGAUCAUAAAAACCGGAGACAAGCAUAAAGUCCUUCUUUGAAGGGUCUUUAGAGCACGGUCUUUACGAGCCCAAGCGGUGCAAGGUUCUUUCGCUACAUCUCCGCGACCAUAUCACAGUUAAACCACUCAUGUUCCCCAGGUACAAAUUUGUCUCAUUCCUUACCAAAAGGUGGACCAGGAUCUUGUCGUUGCCAGCAGAUGCAUAUGGAAUGCAGACGACGAUAGCUAUGCUAGUGUACGAUUUGAAAACAAUACAUUUUUGCUGAUGCCGUUGUGUUUAAUUUGCUUGAUGAAUAAAGAAUCCCGUGU